CAGUUUUGCCUUUCCUUUGCAGUGCCCUUCUCUACCAUUUCGGCUAGCGUUUCCUCCUCAGUGUCUCUCCCGCCGGCCCACACAAUGUUCAGAGCUGCAGUCCAACUUUCAGUCUCCGGGGUUCGGAGUUUGGCACGAUCUCGACCUUCAUAUACAGCUCCAUUGGCAUCCCGCUGUUAUUCUCAUGGCAAGCAAGAGACGGACGAAGAGUUUGAUGCCCGCUGGGUCACCUAUUUCAACAAGCCGGACAUUGAUGCCUGGGAGCUAAGGAAAGGCAUGAAUACUCUGAUUGGUUAUGACCUGGUACCAGAACCAAAGAUCAUUGACGCAGCUUUGCGAGCUUGUCGGAGGUUAAAUGACCUGGCCAGUGCUGUCCGUAUCCUCGAGGCAGUCAAGAAUAAGGCUGGCCCUCACAAAGAUAUAUACCCGUACUUGAUUCAAGAACUGCGGCCCACUCUGGAUGAACUGGGCGUCCCCACACCCGAAGAGCUUGGCAUUGACAAAGUAUAGACCCCAACACAUUGGGUCUUCCAGAGGACUUCUGUUGCUGUGACGUCGAUGUGACAUUGUAGUUGCCCAAUGCACUUGAAGUCUCAGCCUUGUAUACAUAUAUUUCUGUGAUAUUUAAUUUGGCCUUUGUUUUGUCCUGUUGUGUAUAAAUAUUGAUGGACCUAAUAAAGGGGAAAAUAUCUUUAAGGAAUGCUUAUAGUUAUCAGUUAUUUCAAAUCUUCAUUUUGCAUUUUACAAAAGAAAUAAUGUGUACCUUCCAAUGUCUAGUUUCUGAGCAAAAACAAUUGUAUUGACUGCUAUUGUACAUUAUAUAUUAAUUUGGCUCUUGUGUUUGUGAUAUGACAAAUAAAUGGUGUGAUGUUGGGAGUACCAACAUCACUAUGUUGUGAGGAAGUCCAUGAAAAGGUAGGUACUUGUUUUGUUUCUCUGAUUUGACCAGAAGUCAGAAAGACCAUAUUAGUGUGAUCCUGCCAGGACCUGGGCAUGACGCUUAGAUCAAUGUAUUUUAUUCAACUAAUCGUACUGGGCUCAAACACUUGUCACGUGCUUCAUUGCUGCAAAUGCUCUGGAUGACGCUGUCAAAUUUGUAAUGUAUUGCAGCGUUGCAUGACCACUUUGGUGAAUGGGAUUUACCUUCUACUUCAGUUUCAAGCUGUAUGUGUGCCUAUGCCUUUGUGUGUAUUGGGUACAUUCUGUGACAAAUCAAAUUGAUUAAAGCUGUGCAAAAAUGCCA